GGGAAACCCUUUGCCAGCACCGGCUCAACUUCCACCACUGGAUUCGCACUGAAUAUUUUAACAAACCCCGCUCUCCUCAGUUACUGUGUUUGUGUGUGUGUGUGCUCUGUGCAGUCACUGCCUGGGUGAUAUGAUUCUUCUGACAAGUUUGCAUUCACACAAUAGACCUAGCAAGGGAGAGCUGAAGCAGGAGAAAAAGGAAUGCAGUAAAAGUAGUGACAGCAGAGGCGGCAUCUCGGGAGUCAAAAGAAGCACAAUCCUUACAGCUCUCGACCAAGCCAGUCUUGUGGAUUAAGUCUUCUUUUCUAAGCCAGACUGCAAGAGCUCAUCCUACAAGAGACUCUCUCACUCUGUUUUACUCUCUCUAUGCCAUUGCAGGGAGUAUGGACUUGGCUCAGUGAGCUGCUCUGUUUGUCUCUUCCACGCUCUCCCUCAUCCACCACAUUUACUUUCCUCCAUCUCCACUGCCUUUUUUCCCCUAUCACCUUACUCAUGUUUCUUCUUCUCUCUGUCGCUUCUUCCUGCUGUCUUAAAGUCAGAGCAGCAACCUGAAGAAAAUGGCUGUUAGCACUAGCUAUUAGCUACCUACGUCUUAGAGAAGGUGGCUUUUAGGGGUGACCUCGUCCAUCAUCAUCCUUUGGCAUUUAGGACAGACCUCUUCCCCCACCUCCCAUCCUCACCCAGCAUCACAGGGUGGGAUGGGACGGGGUUGGGUGAGUUAGGCUGGGGCUCAAGGGUUAGCAACAGGGUAGGCAAUGCCAGAUAGUAAAGGACGUGGGGAAAGAGGAGGUGGAGGUGGGUGUUUGCAAGGGAAGUGGAGGCUGAGGAAGCGAGGUAACCGUUCAGCUAUCCCAGCACUUUUCACCAUCACUGAGGAGGAGGAGGUACAGAGACGAAGAGAUGCUUGCAAGAGAAAGAAAAAAGCAUCGUACUCUCACUUUAAGUCGGAGGAUGGCACCGUGUCGUCAACCACCCGUCCCAGCUCUGCGGGCUCUGGGCAGACCUACACUCCCACCCUGACCCCUACACCCACUCCUACACCUAGUCGCACCACCAACAGCAACAGCCCCAGUAACAAUGCUGGCACCAAAACAGACUCGCUGCUCUUCAACAAGAUUGACGAGAGACUUAGGUUGGCCCGUGAGCGCCGGGAGGAGCGUGAAAAACAGAAUGCUGCCAAGGAGGCCCAGUGGCAGGCCCGUGAGGAACGAGCCAGGCAGCACUAUGAGAAACACUUGGAGGAGAGAAAGAAAAAGCUGGAGGAGCAGCGGGUAAAGGAGGAGAAGAGACGGGCUGCCGUGGAGGAGAAACGUCGGCAAAAAAUAGAGGAAGACAGGACUCGUCAUGAGGCAGUGAUUCGCAGGACUAUGGAGAAGAGCCAGAAAACCAGACAGAAGGCCAACCGUUGGUCUUGGGGAGGAACUCUGCAGACAAACACUCCCUGCACAACAGCUGGUUUUGUCGAGUCAGCUUUCCUCUAUCCACUCGACCUUGCUGGACUGGAGCACAUGCAGAGUGCUUUCAGUCUCUACUACAGAUACGGAAUGACAUCCCAAUAUGCUGAUAGGCGCUCAGUGUCCACAAUGAAUUUAUCCAAGCAUACAGACCCUGUCAUUACCAAGCGCCUCUCUUCCUCCUCUGCCACACUCCUGCACUCACCAGAUCGAGGACUGCGCCGCCUUCCACUGACGCCAUGGGAGAGCAACAUGGUGAACCGCCUGCAGCAGCCAACACACUCCUACCUGGCCCGCAGCCGCAGUGCAGUGAGUCUGUCAGGAGACCAAUCAGCCAUGCCUGUGUGUCCUCGCUCAGUGUCCUGCCACCCCAUGGGCUCAAUGUCCUUCAAGGCCCUGCAGGCACAGCCACUGCCUCACUGUCGCAGCCAGGAAAGGAACCUCAGCAGGGACGCAGCUUCCUCGUCUUUAAACACCCCGCGCAGGAGGACAACCGGAACAACACAGCGGCAAAAAGACCGUGACAUUGUCAGGAAGUCAUGGAGCAACCUGACACUUCCACUUGCUCCUGUUCUGUCAUUGCCCCCAAGCAAGCGCUCCUCUUCCCCAAUCAAGAAGAGCGGUAAAGUGACAGCACCCUCUCCUGGCAGACCUCCACAGAAACCAGUGGGGCGCCCUCCAACCCCCAAGUUACUAAAGUCUCCAGGGGCGGAAGAUCCUGGAAAUCUUCGUCCUGUCAGGAUCACACCUGAGAGUUCCCACCCUUCGACCCCCACCAGAGGAGAGGAGGAUGAUGAGCAGGUCCUCAGCCCUCCUCAGCCUCGACCUCAGCCACUGGGUCAGAACAAGAGCUCGAAUGAGCAAACGGCAACCAGCGAGAGUGUAAGCAGUCCACCAGCUCACAAGCCUUCAGCGGGCACCACAGACCCGGAGGAGGCGAGUCGUAUCCUGGCCGAGAAACGACGGCUGGCCCGCGAGCAGAGAGAGAGGGAGGAAGAAGAGCGCAGGCAACAAGAGGAGCAGGCAAGAUUAGCGAAGGAGGAGUUGGCUCGCCGAAAGGCAGAGGAGAGAGCAAGGAGAGAGGAGGAGGCUCAGCGCCAGGCCGAGGAGAGGAGGAAGAAGGAAGAGGAAGAGGAGAGAAAGGCAGAGGAAGAAAGACUUCGGAAAGAGCGAGAAGAGGCAGAGAGACUACAGAAACAGAAAGAGGAGGAAGAGGCUCGACAGAGAGAGGAGGCGGAGCGACUGAGGCAGGAGAGAGAGAGGCACUUCCAGAAAGAGGAGGCUGAACGUCUGGAGAGAAAGAAGCGUCUUGAGGAGAUCAUGAAGAGAACACGGCGUUCAGAGACAACUGAAAAGAAGGUCAGAAAUGGAGACAAUGCAGUGAACCCGGCCUCUCCUGCUGCGUCAGCAGCGACUGAGACGCCAACACACAAUAGUAACGGCAACUUAAGCCAACCAGAUCCCACCCCAAACCCCAACACCACAGCACUGAGCCAUCCUGACCAGAGGGAGAAUGGGGAGUUUGAAGAGGUGCUUGUACUGCCUUCACAUUCCAGGUUGUCUCCUCCUGAAGGAGAGGAACAGCAACAGCAGGAGGAUGACAGAGUUCCUGUCCUAGCCUUCUCAGAGAAUGGUCUACUGAAACCUCUAAGCAGAGUAGACGAUAUAUCAGCCCAGCAGGGAGCAGAUGUUGCAUGAUGCCCUGAUGCAACAUGACGAUUCCACACCCACAGACAUGAAGGAGAGGUCAAACAGAGAGGUGGAGCAGUACAGAGCUGUUGGACUGAAUCAGUAGGACAACUCUCAGCACUAGAUUCUUCCUUUCUUCCUCUCCUGUGACAGAAGAGCACUGUUCCCAAAGAUGGUGUCUCCAAACAUCUUGCAAGGGCAUCACUGAGAGAGAUUACUCUUCCCUCAUCCUGCACUCUGUGGGGCAAAGCUUGUUUUUCUGUAUCUGAACAUGAUUACACUUGGUGAUCAUGUAUGUUCUGUGUUAUAGCCACAGGUUUCCCUGAUUCUUAAGUGAAUGUCCUGAAAUCACAGAAGGGCAUUGAGUGUGAAUAGUCUUGUGAUGUGCGUGAUUGAGAGCGUGAAUGAGAAACUGACAAAAAUGUAAAAACUAAGAUCAGCUGUCAGUCAGCAGCUGUGAUACUUGAACGUUUUUGAACUAUUUUUCUGUAGACAGAUUGUGAUCAGCGAUGUGACUUUAGCUCAGGCCCCAAUCUAGCUUCGUUUAUGAAUUUUUGUCUCUAACUGGAACCUUAUGGUUCUCACAAGUUAAUAUUUCUACAGAAAUGUGAGAAAUAAAGUGUGCUACAGGAAUGAUAUCAGUGCAUGAAGUUGUAUUAAGACUAAUGGGGAAAAAAGGUAUGUCAUGUAAUAUAUUUUGCUGUUUCUACAGUGUUUAAACUAGGUUAUUACUGGGGUGGAACAGGUGCUGGAGUAUUAUGACUUUAGGUUUAAUAAUGACAAAAAUGAACAUACUGUCCUCUGAAAACUGAAAAUGUAGGGUAUAAACUUCAGCUUUUCUUUAAAUUGCUGUACAGAUAAAAUGAUUUGUCGUCAUUCUUUGUUCAAAUUUACAAAAACAUGUGCUUCAUUAUAAAGUUCUGCCCUUUCAUUCAUUCACAUUUUAACCCUGUCACAGUUGCACUCAUUCUACAUCCUGUCACUGCCUGUAAGCCACUUUUUUGGCCAAGUAAAUCCAAACUGGAUUGAAUGAAUUUACUGAUGUUAUUGUUAAAAUAAUCUGAUUUGUUUCCAAGGAUUUGACAGAUGCUGCUAAUUAUGACAUUCCUUGGCCUUAACAUAGUGUAGAAGGAAUGAUAUGACUUUGCUUCAAGAGCUCAAUCGCUUUUGCCCUUUGUCCAAACUCCCCAGUGGCUUUUCUUGAAUUCAGUAUGAAUCAUCAAAUAUUUGUGUCACGCAGUUAUAAAUAAUACAACUCAUAAUUCAUACCACUUCUCACUGUGGCAAAACAAAAGGUGGAAUUUACUACAUUUCUAGAACCGGGCCAUUACACUUCAUUUUCACUCAGCUCCUACAAAUGAUCUGCAUUAGGGUCCUCAGACUCGAGCACUGUCUAACAGUACCACUAAAGAAUAAACUUCAGAUGUCUUGAUUAUGUACUGCAGGACGUUACCAGCAGUACACAUGGCAUGCUGUUAUAUAUUUGAUGCUAUAAAUGUAAAAAUGUAUAUUUUAUUACUACCACAAAGAUUUGAAUAUAGCCCUUUGCUUCAGAGGAAGCAUGAGGUGAGCUCUCUGAAUCAUUGUAAAAGUAAAAUCUCUCUACAACUGCUGCAGCUGUACUGCUUCAAAUGAAUAAAACUUUUUGAACUGGUUA